AUGGCGGCAUCCAAGAGGGCCCGGGCGCCUCCCACGACGGAUCUGACGAGCGACUUUCGCCAGCUCAUCAGUGAGCGGGCAGGGCAGUAUCCGCCGUCCUCGUCCAGUGCUUCCGGCUCCAAGGCACUCAAACGCAAAGACCCGCCCGAGAAUGUGGUGCGCGCACACAAGCAGUGGCUGCAGCAAGCCUACGUGAUUCGAAAACACAUCAUCUCGCUGCUGGGUUUCCUGUUCUCAAUACGAAGACGCUAUCUCGCGCUCGGGAACAAGGCGCGACACCACCAGCUUCGCGAUGCGCACGAGGGGCUUGAAACGCCCGAUGACCAGGACGCGACAGCAGGCUCUGCGUUUGCUAAGUGGAAGGCCUUCACGGGGCCGUUGAACGACACGCAGCGCGACGAGAUCGACUUCCAGGUCAAGGUGGUGGUCAAGCGCUGUCUGGAAAGCAUCAAGGAGCUCGAGCGUGCCGAGGAGGCGCGCAAGAAGAAUGCGCCCACCACACCCACCGCGCUCUCACCGCUCAACAGUUUGCUCGCGCUUUCGACCGCACGCGACUCGUCUACGUCGAUCCUAGCAUCGUCGCUCAUUUCGGCGCAUCGCGCCUCGAUCACCCAGUACCUUUCGGCGCUGCUGUCCAAAGCGUCGUCGCUGCAGGGCGACAUGCAGGAGGCGCGGCUGAGGGUGCAGAGGGAGAAGACGCGGUCGCUGGCCAACUCGAGGCUCGAGCUGCAGGAACGUGCGGGUGCUGCUGCAUCGCAAGCCACGGCCGCUUCGACAGCGCCGACGGUGAUCCGCGGCAGCGUGGGCGGCUCGUUCGACCCACAGCUGGACAGCGAGACGGAUCUGGUGGGCAAGGACAUCAGCGCGCAGCUGUCGGCGUCGCAGAUCGAGAUGUUUGAGAACGAGUCGUCGGAGCUCAUCAAGUCGCUCGAGUCGGAUCUGGCGUCGAUCAAGAAGGCCGAGUCGCGGCUGUACGAGAUCAGCGAGCUGCAGACGCAGGUGGUGCAGCAGCUGGAGCAGCAGGGAGAGGUGACGGAUCAGCUGCUCGACGAGGCCAUCGGAGUGGGCACCGAGGUCGGACGCGGCAACGAGGAGCUGCGCAAGGCACGCCAGCGCAGUAGAGAGGCGGACAAGUUCCUCUCCAUCUUCCUGGUGGGCAGCGGCCUCGCCCUACUCUUCCUUCACUGGAUGGACUGA